AUGCUGGCGGCGCGGGCGGCGCGCGGCCCGUGGGGGUCCCUGCGGCGCGCCGCCUGGGCCUGGGGGGCGCGGCCGCCGCCGUCCCCGCCCGAGCUGAGCUGCCCGGGCUGCGCGUGCGAGCGGCGGCGGGCGGCGCUGGGGCUGCGGCUGCCCUGGCCGGGGCCCCGGGGACACUGCUCGGGGGCCGCGGGCAAGCCGGGCCCGGCCCCCGCCGCCGCCUCCGCCGCCGCCGCCGCCCGGGCCCGCGCCUGGGGCCCGCCCAGCGCCGCCCCGCCGUAUGAAAACCCGUGGACAAUCCCAAAUAUGUUGUCAAUGACAAGAAUUGGCUUGGCCCCAGUUUUGGGCUAUUUGAUUAUUGAAGAAGAUUUUAAUAUUGCUCUAGGAGUUUUUGCUUUAGCUGGGCUAACUGAUUUGUUGGAUGGAUUUAUUGCUCGAAACUGGGCCAAUCAAAAAUCAGCUUUGGGAAGUGCUCUUGAUCCACUUGCUGAUAAAAUACUUAUCAGUAUCUUAUAUAUUAGCUUGACCUAUGCAGAUCUUAUUCCAGUUUCACUUACUUAUAUGAUAAUUUCAAGAGAUGUACUAUUGAUUGCUGCUGUUUUUUAUGUCAGAUACCGAACUCUUCCAACACCGCGAACACUUUCGAAGUAUUUCAAUCCUUGCUAUGCCACUGCUAGAUUAAAACCAACUUUCAUCAGCAAGGUAAACACAGCAGUGCAGUUAAUCUUGGUGGCAGCUUCUUUGGCAGCUCCAGUUUUCAAUUAUGCUGACAGCAUUUAUCUUCAGAUAUUGUGGUGUUUUACAGCUUUUACCACAGCUGCAUCUGCUUACAGCUAUUAUCAUUAUGGUCGGAAAACAGUUCAGGUAAUAAAAGGCAGAUGAAAAUUAGCCAUCGUCAUUCACAAGGAAGCAAUAUUCGUCAUCAGCGGCAGGGCCAGUGGAAAUCUACAGGAGAUCCCCUUGGUUGGUGGUCAGCUUGAAAAAGGACUUGUCAGAACAAACCAUGUCAUCCAAAUUUAAGUAAUGUGCUUUGAAAAUCAACUUGAUCAUGGGCAAAUGCAGACUUUGUGAUGUAUUUUUAAAAUACAAAUAAAACUAUCAUUUAGAAUUUUUUUAAUCUUAGGUUUCUUGAUUAAUGUGUAAGGUACCAAUUAUUCUGAUUACUACCAGUCUUUUUUUAAGCUUAAAAAAAGGAAACAGCAUGGAAAUUCAAGAGUUGCCAUAUAUCCUUAAGUAGAAUUUAGAUGGUUGAAAAAGUAUUAUGGGAUCUCCUGCGCUUAAAGAUGCAUCCUACAAUCUGGCUACCUAGUUUUGUGUUUGGUUUUUAGAUCUAUGUAUGCAUUUACAGUUCUUGUAGUUAAUAUUUGAUCGCUUAGGAUGAUAGCAAGAGUUAGCUUAAUUGUGGAUGAGGUAAACUUACAGAAAUUUAAAAUGUACUGUUUUGAAAAUGACGAGAGUAGAAGUACUGUUUCCUAUUCAAUAGUCUUCCGACCUCUCAGGUGCCUAAAGUUUUAUGUAUCGGUUUGAAUAAGAUAGACUAGGUAAGCAUGUUCAUGGUACCACCCAAAAGGCAACAUGUUAAGUCAUCCCUCACACUGUUUUUAACUUAACAAUGUUUGUAUGAUACUGGGACCUGUACUUAUGUAUGUAAAUAAUAGAAACUGUAUAUUUUUCAAAGGUUUUUUAAAAUUUGGGGAAUCUUUUGUUAAAAUGUUUAAACAAUAAAAGUUGGGAGGAAAAAUG